AUGACCCGACACGAGCAGCGUCAGCGGACGAACUCGGCCACCUCAUACCAUUCAUUGAAUUCUUCGCGCUACGGGCAAGAUAGUUCAAUGUCGCAGGGAAGCCGGAACCCUAUCCAGGUCCCUGCCAGGCCUCGCAAAUUUGAUAGAGAACAAAACGUUUCUCCAGGGUCAUUUGCCCCCGUUAAUCACUCACCUCCGCUAUCAUCUCAAAAUACUGGCCCGAUUAUGAGUGAUCAUCGUCGUGAGCUCGCCGUUCUGCAAACACCUCCUUUCAUACUUCGCCAGAAUCCUCCAUCUACAGCUAAUUCGCCCAUGAAUCCAUCGGCAUCUUCUUCCACGCCCACUACGAGCUUCUUGAAUGGAAAUUUUGCCUUUGAUUCCCACUCUCCUCAUACGCAGGAACAAUAUCAACUCUCGCCCCCGCUGCGACCUGGUACCGCACCUUCUUCAGGUGAUCGUAAUGACCGAUCAUCGGAUGGCUACUUUCCGUCAGAUGAUCGCCGUCCGUCAGUUGCUUCAGUGAUUACCAAUGCUUCGUCUACAGGUUCGAAAUCUUCUAUAGGAAGACAAAUUAUGAAGAAAUUCUUUGGAGAUGGGGACAAUAAUGAUAGCCCUGCUUCCUCUGAAUCAUCAUUACCGCCAAGUGCCACACCUCGUUCACACUUUGGAAGGCCUACUACACCCACAUAUUCACGACCUCGAACACCUGUGCCUUCUUCAGAUGUUGUGCCGUUUUUGUAUCAAGACCCGGAGGACAUUCGUCGACUAGGCGAUGCACCUGUUCAUGACGCCCCGAUACAAAUGGAUGAUAGAAGAUUAGACCAGGGGGAGCAAAGUUCCACAUCCUCGCAUUCUCAUAGGUUUAUUCACCGUAGCAAAAAUAGGGAUAAGGAUAGGGACAAGGGACUUGACAAGGAGCUUCCUCCACGACCAUCAUCAGCACAUAAGGAAUCCUUGUCGUUUUCAGGUCUAGGACAUGAUCAUAGGAAAGGCCUUAGGCUACAUUUAGAUGGGACAGCAUCCUCCCACUCAUCGCAAACACGACUCGUACGACCUGGAUCACCAACCCCUUCAGUUGCCAGCUCACUUUCGAACAAUCCACCUAGAUCUCCUAGUGAGAAUACCCAGAGCAAAAAGCAUUCUUUGUGGGGAAGUCUUUGGGGGAAAUCUAAAGACGACAAAGACGACAAGGAUAGUUCACAAUCUACGAGAUUGAAGGGAUCAAAGGGGAAGAGUUCUGAGCCUAUAACAGUGUCAGCAAGUGGUAUCUCACCAGUUCACGUUACUCCCAAGAGAGGCCCGGCUACGUGUGAGUACGUUAAUCCUCGGACAUUGGACUACGCCCCAGUAGAGAUGGUGCAACAAGCUCGAAGGAAGGGAGGAACGAGUAUUCCCAGACGUGCUGGUAAGCGGGAGGUUCCCCAUGAUGGGCCUGAUUCGAGAGGGGGACUCGGGGCCAACCGCCGCGGACCUCGCAGUGCCAAAGAUAUGGGAAAGCAGCCGACUCAGUUCACACUCGAUACAGACCUUUCAAAUAUUCAUGAAUUUGUGAAACCGACUGGAGCCCAAUCUGCAGAGCCGGGUCCUGGCACGUCCUUUUCAUGGGAAAAUCAGGAGAAAACUCCCCCUGUAGGGACCGAGAUAACCUGGGAGCCACCCGAGAGUUGGGAUUCCGGAAAUCGGAAUGAGAUAAUAAACGAAAAAUUGGCAUUGGAAGAAGGUGGUGGGGAUGUAUCGGAAGACACACAGUAUUGUAUACGGGUAUUCCGAGCCGACUCAACCUUUGCAACACUCUCCUGUAGACUUCAAGCUUCAGUAACUGAGGUACUGCACUUACUCGGCCGGAAAUCAUUCUUACAGGAUGACUUGAAAAACUAUCAGAUUGUGAUGAAGAAGAAUGGUCUCUUGCGUAUCCUUGGGCCUAAUGAACGCCCGUUAAAAAUACAAAAAAGGCUACUAGAGCAAGCUGGUUACACCGAAGAUGAUCAUCUAGAAGAAAUCGGGAGAGAAGACCAUGGCUACUUAUGCCGAUUUACUUUCAUGAUGUCUAGGAUGGGUGGUUAUUCUUUGGAUCAGGACCCAGGUCUUGGCAAAAUGCAAAAGUUCAGCCAUGUUGACCUCCAAGGUCGCAACCUUUUGGCGAUUCCAAUCACAUUAUAUCAUAAAGCCCCGGAAAUCAUAUCUUUGAAUCUUUCACGCAAUCUUUCGCUCAAUAUACCAACAGAUUUCAUACAACAAUGUGUUAAUUUGAGAAAAAUCGAGUUUCAGGGCAAUGAAGUUGAGAGGCUUCCUUCCAGCAUUUCGGCGGCUUCCAGGUUAACAUAUUUGGAUGUUUCGAAUAAUCGACUAUCAGAAUUAGACAAUGCCUCGUUAGAGAACCAUGCGUCUUUGGUUGCAUUGAAGAUGGCAAAUAAUCGUCUUAGAGCCCUGCCUGAAUGUUUCAGUAAAUUCAAAAGCCUCAGGAGUUUGAAUCUGUCCUCCAACUUUCUUACUUGUCUCCCAACGUUUAUCUGUGAGCUGGUAACGUUGGUUGAUCUUGACAUUUCAUUCAACAUGAUCAAGAGUUUUCCAUUGGAAAUUGGACAGCUUUCAGCACUGGAACGACUUACAGCAACAAACAACCUCCUCUCCGGGCCACUUACACAGACGUUUUCGAUGUUGGGUUCGUUAAAAGAAUUGGAUGUGCGAUAUAACAAGUUACAUGAUAUCGACAUCGUUGCAGAUUUGCCCAGAUUAGAACUGGUGAUCGCCAACAAUAACGCGGUUACCUGUUUUCAGUAUUCUUUCCCUAAACUGCGUGCGUUGCAUUUGAACACCAACCCUGUUACGAGAUUCAAUCUUGUAUCAGCGAUGCCAAUGCUCAAGCUCUUGAACCUAUCGGAGGCGAGACUUGCUGCACUUGCGGAAACCUUAUUCGAGAAGUUGCCAAACUUGGAAAAACUUGUUCUCGAUAGGAAUCAUAUCGUCUCAUUUCCCCCUCAAAUUGGGCUGUUAAAGAAGCUAGAGUAUAUGAGUUGUUUUAAUAACGCCCUCGCCUUGUUACCCAAAGAGAUCGGGCAGCUUCAGGAAUUAAAGUUCCUUGACCUACAUGCUAAUAAUCUCAAGGUUCUUCCUGGAGAGAUCUGGCAGUUGAUGAAUUUGAGGACCUUGAAUGUGUCUUCUAAUCUCUUAAAGGAAUUGCCGAAGCCUAUCACGAACCCUACUGCUGUCCCUACACCGUCGCCGCCAAUGGAUAAUCUGUCGCCUGGGAAAGAGAAAACUAAGGAGGAGGAUGGUGCGAAGAGUAGCGAAAUUAGGAGACCGUCACAAACAUCUGGAGGAUUAUUAAGUGUUGGGGGUUCACCAGGUGACGGUGGCAGAAAGGGUUCCGUGGCCUCUGUAUACACAAAUGCCACAAGGAAGGCAUCUGUGAUAUCUAAGGCAGGGUCAGAAAACGGAACAUCAAGCCAGCCAAGAAAGGAUUCAGCAGCUUCAAGCCGUAUCUAUAACACAUUUGCAUUCUCGCUUCGUUAUCUGUACCUUGCAGAUAACAAUCUAUCGGACGAGGUUUUUGAACAAUUAUCACUGCUUUCAGAGCUAAGGGUGUUAAAUCUCUCCUACAAUCGGAUCUACGAUAUCCCCACAAGAGCCUUGAAGGGGAUGCCUUUGUUAAACGAGCUUUAUCUUUCUGGAAACGAAUUGACAAGUUUGCCUGCCGAAGAUCUUGAGAGUGUUAACCUUCUGAACGUGCUUUAUAUCAAUUCGAACAGAUUCUACACCCUUCCGGCAGAACUGGGAAAAAUAAGGAAAUUGCUGGUCUUGGAUGUGGGGAAUAAUGCAUUGAAGUACAACAUUUCAAACUGGCCAUAUGACUGGAAUUGGAACUGGAAUAUUGAAUUGAAGUAUCUUAGUAUGUCUGGCAACAAGCGUUUAGAAAUCAAACCAGGUCGAAAUGACUCAAAUUCUGAGCGUCAUCAUAAUAUUACGGAUUUCACCCAGCUCUCGAAGCUUAGGGUUCUUGGCCUCAUGGAUGUUACGUUAACGAUUCCUAAUGUGCCGGACCAGACGGAAGAUCGACGAAUUCGUCUUUCAGGGUCAAUGGUGCGAUCGAUGCCUUAUGGCAUGGCUGACUCCCUAGGUAGAAGUGAACAUCUUUCAAUGAUUGACAUGGUGAUUCCUGGUUUUCGUGGAAAUCGGAAUGAAUGCAUUGUUGGGAUGUUCGAUGGACAGGCUUUGUCAACUGGAGGUAGUAAGGUCUCAAAGUUUCUCCACGAAUCGCUGGAGUUUUUCUUGAAGGAGGAACUGGAUAAACUACGGGCGGAUGAGAGGCCAGGGAAGGCUUUGCAUCGAGCGUUCUUGAACCUAAAUAAGGAGCUCGCUACAGUUGCCAUGCAAACUUUCGACGAGAAAAGCGUUUCUGGGAUAAACUCGCAUCGUGGUUCUAUCGCACCCAGUGCUGCUGUGCUUGGUCAAGACGAUCUUGCUUCUGGUGGGGUGGCAACUGUUGUCUACAUCAAGGAUAAUGAGCUUUAUCUUGCCAACGUGGGGGACGCGAUGGCGAUAUUGGUGCAAACGAAUGGUGAUCAUAAGCUUUUGACUAAAAAACACGAUCCGGGAAACCCGCUAGAGGCCGAAAGGAUCCGGGAAGCAGGGGGAUACGUUUCUAGAAACGGGAAACUCAAUGACUCUCUCGAUGUAUCCCGUGCAUUUGGGUAUUUUCACCUUAUGCCCUGCGUCAACGCAUCCCCUCACAUUCAUGAGACGACAAUUUCCGAUCAGGAGGAGUUUCUCAUUAUAGCUAGCAGAGAGGUAUGGGAGUAUUUAAGCUAUCAAACUGCGGUGGAUCUCGCUCGUUCCGAACGCGUAGAUCUGAUGAAGGCCGCCCAUAAAUUGAGGGAUAUCGCCAUGGCCUACGGAGCUACUAAUAAGAUUAUGGUCAUGAUACUCGGCUUGAAGAAGGCAAAGUCUAGGACGCGAACUCAAUCGGUAUCCGUAAGACCAGGUCAAGGUUAUCCGAAUGAUGAGCACCCUCAAACUGCGGUUACCGCAAGGAGGAGGAAGGAUGGCAGAGAUUUUCCGGAUGAUUCGGGUCUCGCUCGUCUCGACGCUGAAGUUAGGCCUCCUGACGGAGAUCUUGCUAUGGUAUUCACCGACAUCAAAAAUUCCACAUUACUCUGGGAAACAUAUCCAAUUGCAAUGCGCGCUGGUAUCAAGAUACAUAACAACAUUAUGCGCCGUCAAUUACGUAUUGUUGGAGGAUAUGAGGUCAAGACUGAGGGUGAUGCCUUCAUGGUCUGCUUUCAAACUGCAACCUCGGCAUUGCUUUGGUGUUUUAGUGUUCAAUCAAUGCUAUUGGAUGCAGAUUGGCCGUCCGAAAUUUUGGAAUCUAUCCAUGGGAAAGAAUUACUAGAUGAAGAGGGAAACCAGAUUUAUCGCGGACUAUCAGUCAGGAUGGGAAUUCAUUGGGGUGGCCCUGUGUGCGAAACUGAUCCAAUUACACGGCGUAUGGACUACUUCGGCCCAAUAGUUAAUCGAGCUUCCCGUAUCAGCGCGGAGGCAGACGGAGGUCAAAUUACAGUCAGUUCCGAUUUUGUGGCCGAGAUCAAUAGAUGCGUUGCCGCUUAUGAAAACUCUGAUAGUCAAUCGCUAUCACCUGAUGACAUUUUUGGGGAUGAAGAGGCCGCCCGUGCAAUCAGCCGGGAACUUCGAACACUCAGUAGCCAGGGCUUUGAGAUUAAGGAACUUGGACCCCGAAAACUGAAGGGACUAGAGAAUCCCGAGUUUAUUCACCUAAUGUACCCCCAAUCCCUUCGCGGACGUUUGAAAAAUAAGCGGGCUGCCCCCAAGCCCGAAACGCCGGUACUGCCGUUGGAAUUGGAGCAAAUAUGGGCUUUAUGGGAAAUAUCAUUACGGUUAGAGACACUUUGCUCUACGCUCAGUAACAACAAAGUGCCUACCGGUUCAACCGAUAUACAUAACAAGUUGAGGAGUAUUGGUGAAAAGAUUUCUGAGGAUGCUGCGAUCCAGUUCCUCGAACACAUAAUUACUCGCAUUGAGAAUUCAAUGACAACUUUGCACUUAAGAAAACUUCUCACGCCAGACCCUUCAGUUGGUUGGUUAUCUUCGGGCCUACCCCUCACAGACCUCUUGACGCUUCUAGAGUCAAGAUUAUCGUCCAACCUCAACGAAGGGCCAAGUAACUCGUCUAGUCGUAUCACAGAGGUUCCGUAUGUUUCACCCCACUAUGCGGACUCUGCGCCAUCUUCGCCUCAUUCCUAA